UUUUUUUUUUUUACGUGGCUGCAGAGUUUCUGUCCUGAUAUAAAGCUGCCGUGCAGUUUUCCUUCUCUUCAAGACAUGGAAGAAACCAGCGAAGAACUGCCCAAUUUUUCUAUCGGCAUUGACCUUUUAGGUCCUGAUCAAACGAGCAGCAAAGAUAACGCCGAAAAAAACUCGCAAGUUGCGCGUUUCGCAAAUUUGUCGGAAGACCAGCUGCAGCAAAUUUUGGAAGAAAGACAUGCACUUGGAACAAAAAGAGUCACCAAUUGGUCAUUAACAACAUUUAAAGGUAAGAUUUCCGUAUUUAUCGUUGUUUUUAAAUUUGUUCAACCUGGGAAAUGAAGUAUACAGUUAUUAAUUGGAAAUUUACCAAACAAUCAACGCCGCAAAAAAUCUAAACGCGACAAAUAUUUUCGCAACAAAACAACAAAUCAUAGUCACGCUUUGUCUCAAAAUGAAAUGUUAUUACCUCUUUUCUCUUGGAAUUUAGCUUGGUGUAAGGAGAAAAAAAUCCAGACACAGCUGGAACAUAUGUCGCCGGGCCAACUGGAUGCGAUUUUGCGAAGGUUUUACGCAGAGGCCAGAAGCAAAUCGGGGGAUGACUACAGUAAAUCUACGCUCCUUGGAUUUCGCCACUCAAUUGAAAGAUACUUGAAUGCACCGCCACUAAACAAAGGCCUGAAGCUAUCUUCCGACCCAAGGUUUAAAAGGUCAAACGAGAUGCUAAAUGCCAAAGUUGUAAGCUUAAAACGCCACGGAAAAGAAAACGUAAAACACAAACCGGCGAUUGAAACCGAAGAUUUGGUGCGGUUGAAAUCCUCGCAAGUUCUGUCACCCAGCAACCCUCUUGGCUUACUUCGAAAUGUUUGGUUCCAUGUGAUUCUCUUCUUUUGCAGAAGGGGUAGAGAGGGACAGAGGAACCUCAAAAAAACCAGCUUCAAGUUUGAAGUAGAUCCAACGCGCCGAAGCUACGCAACAAUGGCGCAUGAUGAGGCAUCAAAAAAUCACCCCGGUGGAGUUGGCGAUAUUCCGAGCAUGGAAAAGUACGCCAGAAUGUACGAAACAGAAGAUACGAACGACGGCUAUAAAGCCUUGAAGCGCUACCUCACCAAGUUGAACCCAAAGUGCGAAGCGUUUUUCCAAUAUCCUCGCAAGAAUUGGAGCGUCGAAGACAACGUCUGGUAUGAAGCGCGUCCCGUUGGGGUGAACUCGCUGGACUCCAUGAUGAAAAAUAUCAGUGAGGCAGCAUCCCUAUCGCAUCCCUACACAAACCACAGUCUCAGAGCGACGGCAAUAACUUUGUGGUCUAAUGCUGGAAUUCCCAACAGGCACAUCAUGGCUAUCUCCGGUCACAGAAACGAGCAAAGUCUUGCACAUUACAAUACCCAACCAUCCACUACACAGCUACGCAACUGCAGUGAUGUCCUAUCAAGAAGCUUCAACACUGGCAAUGUUAGCAGCCAACCUGAGUCUUCUGCUGCACCCAUAACUGUUCGUCAAAAUAACAGUGUGGUAGUUGCCCAGGAGAAAACUGCAAGUUUCCUGCAGUCUGUCUUCUCCAAUUGCACCGUGCACGGCAGCGUAAACAUUAUUUUGAACAAUCAAAACCCUUGA